CGCCCACAAAACAUGGCUACUCGGAUUUCAUCCUUCUCUUUGUUCCUCUUCAUUCUAGUCUCAUACACGUCUGGUUUACUAAACCCCAGAUCACUGAAAAAUUUACCAAGAGGAAAUAGUGAGAGCUCGUACGAGUAUCAAACACUGUAUUUUAAGCAACCUAUUGAUCAUUUUAACUUUGAGUCAAACGUCACGUUUUCUCAGCGUUAUUUGCUCAAUGAUGCAUUCUGGGACAAAGACAAUGGUGGUCCGAUAUUCUUUUAUUGUGGAAAUGAAGGAGAUAUAACGUGGUUUGCUAAUAACACGGGUUUUGUUUGGGACAUAGCCCCUGAAUUCAAGGCUCUCGUAGUGUUUGCCGAGCACCGGUACUACGGGAAUACUCUACCAUUUGGAGCAGAAUCCUAUGCCAACUUGAGUACCUUAGGCUACCUCACGUCAGAGCAGGCACUGGCCGACUUUGUUUUGCUGAUAAAUGAUUUGAAGGGCAAGUAUGGAGAUGUUCCUGUGGUAGCAUUUGGUGGAUCAUAUGGAGGAAUGCUCUCAGCCUGGAUAAGGAUGAAGUAUCCUAGUGUUGUGGUUGGUUCAAUAGCAGCUUCAGCUCCUAUUUGGCAGUUUCCUGGUUUGUGUGACUGUGGGAAAGCAAAUGAGAUUAUAUCCUCCACAAUGAGCCAAUACAGUACUAAUUGCUACAACAAUGUCCUCAGCUCUUGGGACAUCAUAAAUAAAACUGGGACCACCUCAGGUGGUCUGUCUCUCCUCUCCACCACAUUCUCUCUCUGCCAGCCACUUAAGGAUUCAUUGACACUUAUGUCUUGGCUACAAGACGUUUGGUUUAACUUGGCCAUGAUGAAUUAUCCUUAUCCUGCUAACUUUAUGGAACCAUUGCCAGCUUGGCCACUCAAUGUAACCUGUCAAAAGCUGUCACAGACUUUCACAACUGAAGAUGAUGAUAUUAAACUGUUACAAGCUUUAUCCACAGCAAUGCAGGUGUAUUACAAUUACUCAGGUCAGAGCAGCUGCCUGGAUUUAAACAAGGAGAGUUCAACAGAUCUGGGAGCAAAAGGAUGGUCCUACCAGUAUUGUACUGAGAUGGCUAUGCCAAUGUGUAGCAAAGGAGGAGACAAUGAUGCCUUCCCCAAGCAACAAUGGACAGUUAAUAAUUACGUUAAGAAUUGUCAAGAUAGUUUUCCUGGCAUUCAGCCACGCCCCUAUUGGAUAGAGAAGGUUUACAAUGGAAAGAAUAUAUCAGCUUUUUCAAAUAUUGUCUUCAGUAAUGGUGAUCUGGAUCCAUGGAGUGCUGGUGUUGUCUUGGACAAUAUCUCCGAUUCUCUCAUUGCAGUUAUCAUCAAUGAUGGCGCUCAUCAUUUAGAUCUUAGAGAAGCGAAUCCCAUGGAUACGGAUUCUGUGAAAGCCGCUCGCAACAUUCACAAAGACAACAUCAAUAAAUGGAUCGGCGGAUAUAAGAAAAUGGCCGAAGCAUAUUAAUAACUUUGUUCUUGCAUUUGCCGCAGCAUUUUGUAUAUAUUAUUUAUAUUGUAUUAUAAAAUGAUUACAAUCCAGCUGUUACACUUCUAAUUUGAAA